GGGUCAUAAUGGCUGACAGUGCUGACUUUACACCUACCGUGAACAGCCAGUCUCCUGGAAAAGAGGAGCAGGGAGGAGGUGAAGGUGGAGGAGGCUCAGAAGGGGAUGUAAAAGGCGGAUUGACUGAUGCCCAAAGAGGCGUCUUGGAGAAGUGUGUGCAUGCGCUGAAGCAUGCUAAAAACGACAGUCAAACGUUGGCUGCUCUUCUUCUGAUAAGUCGCUUGUGCCCAGCCAGUGAACUGGACAAACCCACGUUGAGGCGCAUCUUUGAGGCAGUGGGCCUCAAUCUUCCAGCUCGGCUUCUGGUGGAGCCGAGCCGCUAUGGCGACCCUUUCGUUUUCGCCACAUUCCGCUCUCUGUGCUCGUGGUUGGCUGAGGAGACUUCCUGUCUUAAGGAGGAAGUGACUAAACUUCUGCCAUUUCUGAUCAACUACACCCGAAGCCACCUGCAGGGUGGGAUCUUGGAGCAUAGCCUCGCUGACUGGAUGGUCAAGAUGUCAAUUGGUGAGGACAGGGGCGCGUGGACGGGCAGAGAGGCUCUCAGGUAUCUCCUCCCAGCUCUGUGCCACCUGUCAGCAGAGGAAGUUCCCAGGAAGGUGUUGCUCGAUGUCGACACCCCGGCCCUGCUGGUGGACUUCCUGUCUCAGAGCUGGACUUUCCUCAGGGGGAAAACCAGUGCCGCAUCCACAAGGGAUCCCAGCAUGGAGACAGCCUGCUCUGCUUUGCUCAACUUCACUGUUACAGAGCCAGAGAGAGUCAGGGGCGCCAUCUCGGCUUUGUGCCAAGCGGUGGAACUGAACCAGACUCUGAGCCACGAGAAGGGGCUCGCCUUGCUGGGCUUGCUCCUCUCUGGUAAAAACAAGGACAAAGCAUGGAGCAAACACACUCCAGAGCUCCUCUCGCUGCUGGUCAGACUCUCCAAAGACUUCUGCGAGUCCACAGAGAGAACCAGGUUAGGCAUGUGUGGUCAGUUGGCGCAGUUUCUGCCCCCAGCAGGAGUGGCAGUGGAGAGUGAGGAGCUGAAGGCAGUCGUGGGCCGUUUAUGGGAGAUGCUGAGACCUAUGGUGCAGGCUAAAUUGACACCGAGACAUAUCGGAUCAAUCCUGGUCCUCAGUGCUUGCCUGCUGGAUUUAUAUGGCUGGGAGAUGGCGGGACCUCCAAAGUUCUGUUGCUUACUGGUGAACCGGGCGUGCGUGGAGGUCAGAAUGGGUUUGGAAGAACUGCCUGGUAAUGAUUUGACCCCUGAGGUGCAACACACAAUAACAGGCUGUUACCGAAUCAUGGAGGCGGCCAUAGAGCAGGCCUGCAGUCCGGGAGUCCCGCAGGCUGCUGCACCUUCUCAGAGCUCAAUCGCUACCCUCAGUCUGCAGCAGAGCAGGCAGGUCCUCGGGGUCCUGGAGGAGGCCUUCUCUGGCUUGAUGUACUUCUUGCAGCAGGUGGAGCCGAGCCGCUAUGGCGACCCUUUCGUUUUCGCCACAUUCCGCUCUCUGUGCUCGUGGUUGGCUGAGGAGACUUCCUGUCUUAAGGAGGAAGUGACUAAACUUCUGCCAUUUCUGAUCAACUACACCCGAAGCCACCUGCAGGGUGGGAUCUUGGAGCAUAGCCUCGCUGACUGGAUGGUCAAGAUGUCAAUUGGUGAGGACAGGGGCUCAGUGGAAGCGGGCCAGCGGCGUUUCCUUUCUUCAGCUCUCCGGUUCCUUCGCAGCGCCCUGGACUCGAGCUCCAGUCCAGGUCCAGCGAAGGUGAGCCUGAGCUGGGAGGACAGUUGGGACGACGCUGCAGAGCUCUGGAGGUUGAGUUUGCAGGCCCUGGGAGGCUGCGCCCGUGCCCAACCCUCAAUCACCACCCUGAUCAGAGAGGAGGGUUGGCUCAGACACAUGCUCGCCAUGCUUCAUCAGUGUAGCGCUCUGCCUGACCAGCUGACCCAGGAUGCGCUGGAGGAGGCUCUGUGUGCCCUGGCAGAGCGGUGCCCGGUGUGCAAACAAGAAAUUGGAGACAUGAUGACGAGAUCCAGCGAAGGAGCUUUGAGCAGUAUGAAGAAGCUGAAGAAGUCGAUGGGAGUGAAGUAAAACCAGCUGCUCUGGAGAAAUGGUGUACUCUCUAAUCGAGUACUUUUAACUUUUAGUGAAACCGCACAAUGAAACCAAUAAACCAGGGAAACUGCUGAAACCAAA